AUCAUCAUAGCAGCCGUGGUGGAGGGACUGACUGCCGAGCUGCUCCUCUGCUCUGACUCUCUACAGCAGCAGCACCUCUUGUUUUUGUGUUAUUGUGUGAGACACCACUUUGACGCUUUACACGACUGAAGAAACACAACCAUGGUGUCGUAGUGGGCUUCCUGAGGAGAAAGAUGGAUAAGUUUUUCGUCUGAAAGGAUGUGUUUUUGAGGAGAAGAGGGAAACUGCCGGUUUGCUGUCUUCUUCACUCCCAGCGUUCAAGAAGCUAACAAGCUAACUGGGAUGUUUUCACAAACCAGCCAGGCUGUUAGCCUGCUAGCUAGCUGAACCAGAUGAAGACAUUCGCUGUUUAUAUUCAGCAAACUGUUGAAAUGCUUAUUCCAUCCGUCUUUACAUAAAGCGAAAUAACUGAGGGAGCAUUUCAAAGCUGGUAUGUUGGAUGUUUCAGACUCCAGUGUCCUCUUUGUUGUUCAUUUUAGAUAGGGACAAUAGUAAACUGCAACAAGUCUGGCACACUAAUGCUUUAACGAGACACAAGUUUGUUCUCAUUUAGUGCAGUGUUGAUAUUAUUUACCUAUCUUUCUUGUUGGCUAAACACGACCUCUCUGUGGUAGAAAUGAUAGUUUUAAGUAUAGUCCACGUAAUGUUAUACAUGGGGAAGUGGGGUCCGACUUUAGUAGGUGGACCGGGUCACUCUGUUGUAUAGGAGAAACUGAUGCCAGCUAGUCGAUUCAACUAUUGACGAGGAGACGAGGUGGAUGAACAUUAUAAGUCGCCCACAUGCUUUGGAUCAGUUCCCGGACUUGUGAAAGGCAUCUGAAGCAGAAGGUGGGAGACGUGAGCGCACAGCAGCCUGGGGGAAGAUGGCGGAGCGAUCCCGCAGGAGGUGGUGAAACUAAAACUUGGGCUCUUCUUGGAUUUAUCGCCAGACAUCUUAUCCCAGAUCUUAGGACACAUGCAGGCCAAAAAACGGUACUUAACCCUGUUCUCCGCCGGCGCGUGUCUCAUCCUGUUGUUUUGUUUUGGGGGGAUACAAGUCCCGCUGUCCAGACGGGGUCCCAGCCGGCGUGAUGAGCGCAGCCUCUCAGGGGCGCGGUGGCGUCGCUUCCCGGGGUCCAUGCAGCCCUACAGCUCCUGGGAGAGAGAACACAGCGACGACCACAAUGAGCACAUAUCUCCCAGGCAGAAGAGGGACGCCAACUCAGGUGUUUACACUGGAAAACGCUGCAGGAUGGACUCCUGCUUUGACUUCUCCAUGUGUGAAAGGAAUGGAUUUAAAGUGUAUGUUUACCCCCCGCAGAAGGGGGAGAAGAUGUCAGAGAGUUAUCAGAACAUCUUGUCUUCUAUUGAAGGAUCUAGGUUUUACACACCUGAUCCAGGACAGGCAUGCCUAUUUGUCCUGAGUUUGGACACUCUGGACAGGGACCAGCUUUCACCCCAAUAUGUGCACAACUUGAAAGCAAAGAUCCAAAGCCUCCCUCUUUGGAAUGGGGGCAGAAACCACAUCAUUUUCAACUUAUACUCUGGCACCUGGCCAGACUACACAGAGGACCUUGGUUUUGACAUCGGCCUUGCCAUGUUGGCUAAGGCAAGCAUCAGCACAGAAAACUUUAGACCAAACUUUGACGUUUCUAUCCCACUUUUCUCUAAAGAACACCCAAGGACAGGAGGGGAGAGGGGCUACCUGAAACAUAACACUAUUCCCCCUUAUAGGAAGUACAUGCUGGUUUUUAAGGGGAAGCGGUACCUAACAGGAAUAGGCUCUGACACUAGGAACGCUCUUUAUCAUGUUCAUAACUCAGAGGAUGUGGUCCUCCUCACCACCUGCAAGCAUGGGAAGGACUGGCAGAGGCACAAGGAUGCACGCUGUGACAAAGACAACACAGAAUAUGACAAGUACGACUACAGAGAGAUGCUCUACAACUCCACAUUCUGCCUAGUACCCCGAGGACGACGGCUGGGCUCCUUUCGCUUCUUAGAGGCUUUACAGGCGGCGUGUGUGCCAGUGAUGCUAAGUAACGGCUGGGAGCUUCCCUUCUCAGAGAUCAUGGACUGGAAUACAGCAGCUGUAAUCGGGGAUGAAAGGCUGCUAUUACAGAUCCCAUCAACAGUGCGCUCCAUCCACCAGGAUAAGAUCUUGUCGCUGAGACAACAGACCCAGCUCCUGUGGGAGGCCUACUUUAACUCUGUGGAGAAGAUAGUGCUGACUACACUCGAGAUCAUCCAGGACCGGGUGCUGCGGCACACCUCCAGGAGUAACCUGAUGUGGAACAGCCUGCCUGGAGGCCUCUUCACCCUGCCUCAGUACUCUACACACCUGGGGGACUUUCCUUUCUACUACGCUAAGCUGGGUAUUAAACCGUACUCCAAGUUUACAGCGAUCAUUCAUGUGGUGACCCCGCUGGUCUCCCAGUCACAGCCCGUCAUGAAGCUGCUUGUAGCUGUGGCCAAAUCCCAGCUCUGUGCUCAGGUGAUCGUUCUGUGGAACUGUGACAAGCCUCUUCCUGCCAAACACCGCUGGCCUGCCACCUCAGUCCCUGUCAUUGUUAUAGAAGGAGAGAGCAAGGUAAUAAGCAGCCGUUUUCUGCCCUAUGACACCAUCCCUACUGAUGCUGUCCUCAGUCUGGAUGAGGACACGGUACUCUCCACCACAGAGGUGGACUUUGCCUUCACGGUUUGGCAGAGUUUCCCAGACCGCAUCGUUGGCUAUCCAGCCCGCAGCCAUUUCUGGGACAGCAACAAGGAGCGGUGGGGUUACACCUCCAAAUGGACCAAUGACUACUCCAUGGUGUUGACCGGGGCUGCCAUCUAUCACAAAUACUACCACUACUUGUACACCACCUACCUUCCCGCCAGUCUGAAGACCAUGGUUGACCAGAUGUCGAACUGCGAGGACAUUCUGAUGAAUUUUCUGGUGUCUUCAGUCUCCAAACUACCCCCCAUUAAGGUCACCCAGAAGAAACAGUACAAGGAGACCAUGAUGGGACAGAGCUCCCGGGCGUCUCGCUGGGCCGACCCGGACCAUUUCGCCCAGCGUCAGACCUGCAUGAACAAGUUUGCCAGCUGGUUUGGCACCAUGCCGCUGGUCCAUUCUCAGAUGAGGCUGGACCCAGUGCUCUUCAAAGACCAGGUGUCCAUACUGCGGAAGAAGUACAGAGACAUCGAGAGGCUAUAACCCUCCAGCGCCCCCCCUCGCGCUCUGUGGACACAACAAAGACUGAACUAAGGGGGGGCGGACAUUUAAAGAAACGCAGAGCCUUUCCAUGAUUGCAUGGGACGGAUCGAUGGAGAAGCAAAUGGGAUUUCAUACAGAGAGAGCGGAGGAGGAGAAGAACAGACAUGGAGGGGGCCACAGUCAUGCUCUCCUCUGUUGUGUCGUCCUGUAUUCCUCCUCUCCUCUCUUUCUCUUGUGUGGAGAAAAGCUGAGCACACAGGUCCCACUCUACACACUAAGACUUCCUCUGACUGAAGGACACCUGAUGACUGAAAGUCUGCUCCACUCUGAACUGAACGAGUCAAAGUCAUGGAGUAGAAAUCCCAGGUGUCUGCUUCAGUGUCUGAAGACUCCUUUCCCUCUCUGUGUCCACUCUGCACAGGUUUCAGAAAGUUUUUGCUGACAGAAUAUUGUUGAUUAUUAUGACUAUGAAGAGGAUCACACUAUUUUGGAUUGUGUCCAGUUUUUUUUAUACAUUGAAUGAAUGGUCAGCACGGCUCUCUGUAUUGUCUUAAUCAGCAGGGUGGGUGAGGAGAGGUACGACGCCCUCUGGACCACAGAAAUGAGUCAUGAUCGUUGAUCUGACAUUCACAGUGCCUCAAGUUUAUCUAACGGCGUAGAGAUCUGGGACUCGGUGCAGGAAGAGCACCUUGAUCUUGCUGCUUUCUGUUUUGUUUGAUUUUUUUCAUGAUUUGUGAUUUUCUUUAUGAUCAAUGGAAAUAUGGAUCGUGUAGUUAAUUCUUCAGGUCUGCGUAAUGAAACUUCUCUUUUACCCAAUCAACAAGCAAAUUUGUCUUUAUGUGCCAUUUUGAAAAUGUUUUCCUAAAAGAACCAUGACAGUCUUACACAACUAGCUUGAUUUUACUUCAUGUACUCUGUGGGAAAAUCUAUACUCAAGAGCUGUAACUACAGACAGAAUUCAUUUAUUCCCUCUUUUAUUUUCUCUCUGUUUUCCUCAUUAAGGCUUCUAUGAUGAGCUAGAAUUGGUACUUGAAUCUGUGCUGGCCUGAGGAACAAUAGAUGAUAAAACCUGCCUUUGUGAAGAGAGGCUGAACCUGCCAAUCGAACCACCCAUUGGUCUGUUUGAAACUGUGAAAACUAUCAAUGAUUUAUUCUUAGCACGGGAUAUUUAUAUUCAGUCGUUGUCUCUCUGCCAUGAACCUGAUUUCAUCUUGUCCGGUGACACGUCUGGCAUUAGCCUGAGGGGGAGAAGAACUUAACACGAGCUAACACUUGCUUUCAUUGAGGAGCUUCAAACAGGGCUUGAUGGCGUCACUUAUUGGACUUCUGUUUUCCACCCACUUGCUAUAAGCAAAUAUGACCAGACAAGAAUCCUCAUUAAGCUUCAUUACAUCUUUAAAAGCACAGGGAAAAAAAUGUGCUUCCAAACGCGAGAUAUGCUCUAAUAAGUAAUUAUUGUCAUUUGUGUUCAUUCUUCAACAUAAAUGCGUGAAAUGAGAUGCCUUUCAAUUUUCAGAGUAUAUUUGCAGAACGCCAAUUUGUGUCUCUAAUAAUUCCAGAUUUAUGACAGCCAUUCAUCUCUGCGAGGUUGAGAUUGACAGUGUUUGGUUUGUGCCGUGUUGGGCCGCAUUGAAAAUGUAAUGUUUAAGUAUAUCUUAGUUUGUUUUUCCUUCUCCAUCAGCAUCUCAUCUACUCACAAUCCUUGUAUUGAUGCCAAACGUCAGUGGAGCAUGAGAUGAGAUUUGUUGCAGAUGGAUAGAUGAACCUUUUGGUCACUUUUCACUUCAGUCACACGUGACAUGUCAUAUCAGGUUAUCUGAAAUGUGAUACAUUUAGGAUGUGCGCUUGUGAUUUUCAAAUCACUGUGCGUUUUCACUCUUAAGUUUCUCAGUGCGUGAAGUCAACAACAUCUCUGAGGAAAUCUGAACCACACCUGUGCUGACGCCUCCGCAGGGAGCUCCAUCUUCAUUUCAGUGGAAGACAAAUGACCUUUGUGAUAAAUGUCACUGCUCUGUACCCCAACUUGUGCCAAUGGAUCAUAUAUACUUAUGAUUUUGUUUUGUUUUUCCAACAGAUACGAGGAAUGCUAUGCAUUUCCAUAUUUGUGUAGUUCAUUAGUUACCUGUCUAUAAGAAAGUCAUGUGUGGGAAAGAAAAGGGGGAAGAAUGAGAGAGAGAGAGAGAGAGAGAGAGAGAGAGAGAGUGUCAUGGCAGAGAAGUGUGUUGUGUGGUAUUUGUCACUUCUGAGAAUGUGCUAUCAGCUUGACAACAAAUAAACAAUCCUAGUAUUACUAAACACAACGCUAUCAAGACGACCGAAUGUGGUUGUAAUAGAAACACAUUUCAGAAAUGACCCUGGUGCAAUAUUAAAGAUGGCAUUUUCUGUCUUUCUCUCUCCUC